AUGCCUUUUUGUGAACCCAACUCUACUCACUAUAAGCUCUUGUAUUGGCACCUAUCAUGUACAAUACAGGUGAAAUCACGUCUGCAAAUAUAUAAGCAAAAUGCAGAGGCAGUCAUUUCUGCAUACCGAGAGAUACUGAAUAAGAUUGAUGGAAAUCGUCCUAAAGAUGUAAUUUUCAAAGAAAUAGACUCUUUGUUGUCACAAAUACAGAAAAAGAAAGUGGAGGCAGCGAAACUAGGAAAACCAGCAAUUGAAAGUGAAAUCCACAUAAAGAAAGAAUCCUCGAGCAAGGAAACUUGGAGAGGAAUUCCCACUAGAUUGAAUAACAUUCCUCAUUCGCGAGAAAUCAGGGAAUAUUUUUAUGAUGAUGCGCUACAAGCUACCAAAAGAGCCAUAAAUGAUGGAAAAACUCGAUUGAAGAACAAACCAUCAAGUUCGAGUUUUUGUGAUCAAGUCCUUGCAGGUUUUAGUCCUGCUGAGGGCUUGGUGAAAUCACGUCUGCAAAUAUAUAAGCAAAAUGCAGAGGCAGUCAUUUCUGCAUACCGAGAGAUACUGAAUAAGAUUGAUGGAAAUCGUCCUAAAGAUGUAAUUUUCAAAGAAAUAGACUCUUUGUUGUCACAAAUACAGAAAAAGAAAGUGGAGGCAGCGAAACUAGGAAAACCAGCAAUUGAAAGUGAAAUCCACAUAAAGAAAGAAUCCUCGAGCAAGGAAACUUGGAGAGGAAUUCCCACUAGAUUGAAUAACAUUCCUCAUUCGCGAGAAAUCAGGGAAUAUUUUUAUGAUGAUGCGCUACAAGCUACCAAAAGAGCCAUAAAUGAUGGAAAAACUCGAUUGAAGGUGGAGAUCAGUAUCCCAGAGCUGAACCCAGAAAUGGAUGUUUAUCGAAUAGGUACAUUGUUGGAACUAGUUCGUGUUCUCACCCUAUCAUUUUCUGAUGAUGGAAAGCGCGUCAAGGUUUGUGUUCAAGGGUCUAUGGGAGAAGGAGCACUUUCUGGGAUGCCUCUGCAGCUUGCUGGAAGUCGAAAGAUCUUGGAGCUUAUGGAUUGGGGUGAUUAUGGUGCUAUGGGCACCUUUAUCAACAUAGGCUCUAUAGGUGCCAAAGAGGUAGAUGAACUAGAUGACAUGUUUAUUUUGGUGGCUCCUCAAAAUGCUGUGGGAAACUGUAUCAUUGAUGAUCUUAAAGCUAUGACUGAUGCUGCUGGUACCCGUCCAGUCAUUCUUGUCAAUCCACAACUCAAGGACUUACCUAGUUCCAGUGGUAUCAUGCAAACAAUGGGUCGGGAUAAGAGAUUGGAAUACGCUGCUUCAUUUGAGAUCUGCUAUUUUUUUCGUCUUCUCUACUAUUCAGGGACACAAUAUCCAAUUAUGGCUGCUCUCAGGAUGUCUUAUCCAUACCAUUAUGAAUUAUACAAGAGGUUGGAUGUAUCGCCUGGGAAGGAGAAAUAUGUCAUCUUGUCAACAUUUGCAGAAAGGCCGAAUGGUGAUGAAAUCAACAAUGUGUUUGAAGGAAAAACAAGAGAUCAAGUUAAGAAAGCCUCAGGAAUUUGGGGCUUCUUGAGCAGCAUAAUGAGUUGA